UCUCAGGGUAGCUCCAGCUGUCCUUCCCGCAGUUGGCCCUGUGGUGUUCCGAAGCCGGUUACGUACGGCCUGAGGGCCAGGCGAACCUCAGGCUCUUUGUCCUACUAAAAAGCGCAGCACAAUGGUAGAAGCAGAUCAUCCUGCCAAGCUUUUCAUUGGUGGCCUCAAUAGAGAAACCAAUGAGAAGAUGCUUAAAGCAGUAUUUGGGAAACAUGGUCCCAUAUCAGAAGUUCUUUUGAUAAGGGAUCAAACCAGCAAAUCCAGAGGCUUUGCCUUUAUUACUUUUGAGAACCCUGCAGAUGCUAAGAAUGCUGCCAAAGAUAUGAAUGGAAAGUCUUUGGAUGGAAAAGCAAUAAAAGUAGAACAAGCCAAGAAACCAUCUUUUCAAAGUGAUGGUAGGCGGAGACCACCAGCUUCUUCGAGAAACAGAAGCCCUUCAGGAAGUCUGAGAUCUGCAAGAGGAAGCAGUGGAGGAAAAAGAGGGUGGCUUCCCUCACAUGAAGGACACCUGGAUGAUGGUGGAUACACUCCUGAUCUCAAGAUGAGUUAUUCUAGGGGACUCAUUCCAGUUAAAAGAGGUCCAUCUUCAAGAAGUGGAGGUCCUCCUCUGAAAAAAUCUGCUCCUUCUGCUGUGGCAAGAAGCAGUAGAUGGAUGGGAAGCCAAGGUCCCAUGUCACAAAGAAGAGAGAAUUAUGGAGUUCCUCCACGCAGAGGGACAAUAUCUUCCUGGAGAAAUGAUCGCAUGUCACCAAGAGAUGAUGGUUAUGCAACUAAGGAUGGGUAAAGGAAAAAUUAAAACACACAGUUGAUUUUUUUUUUGCUGUGGUGAUGAAAUUCACGUAACAAAAUUAAAUAUUAUAAGGUGAACAGUUAAGUGGUGUUUAAUACAUUCUGUGCCGUGCAACAACUACCUCCAUCGAGUUCCAAAACAUUUUCGUCACUCCAAAUUAAAACUCCAACUACCAGUUAAGCAGUCCCUCCCAUUUCGUCCUUUUCCUUAGCUGCUAGCAAACACCAGUCAGUGUUCUGCCUCUGAACUUACCUGUUGUGGGUAUUUAAUGUUAAUGUGCUCAAACAGUACAUGACUUUUUGUAUUUGUCUCCUUUCCUUUUGCAUGAUAUCCUGAAGGUUCAUUUACAUCACAGCACUUCACUCCUUCCACAAGCUAUUAACCCAUUAUUUUAUCUGGGUUGUUUCCACCCCAGUAUUUCUACGCACCAAUAUUUGUUUGAGUAUGCUUAUUUAGUUCUGGGUGUAUGUGAGUGGAAUUGCUUGGUCCUAUGAUAAUGAUGUUUGUUUUCUUGAGGAACCACCGCAUUUCUCCAUAUUAGCUGCAUCAUUUUCCGUUCCAACCUAGCAUUGUAUCAGCAUUCCAAUUUAUCUACAUCCUCUCCAACACUUGUUAUUUCCUGCUUUUUGAAAUUUAUUGUCAUUCAACUGUGUGUGUGAAAUAUGAUAUCUCCUUUUGGAUUUGAAAUACAUUUUCUGCACCCAUUAACUCACCAUGCACAUGUACCCUAGAACUUAAAGUAUAAUAAAGAAAAAGAAAUGGUUUUCUGAAUCACUGAAUAUGGGUAUCUGUCCCAUGUGCUUUUUGGGCAUUUGCCUAUUUUAUUUGGAGAAAUAUCUAUUUAGAUGUUUGACCUUUUAAUUUUGUUUUAGUAGUAAGUUAGUCAUAUAUUGGAUACUAGAAGUUGAAAAUUUAAAAUGCAUUGCUUUAACUUAUGCACACGGAAAUCAUCCAAGUGCCCGAGAAACUAAGGAUUAUGCUCCACCAUCUAGAGGCUAUGCAUACCGUGAUUAUGGUCAUUCUAGUCAGGAUGAACAUUCCUCUAGAGGAUAUAGGUACUGUAACUUUUUCUGGAUUUGUCAAAUAGAUUGCUUAAAUUGUUCAUUCCAACUAACAUUGUAUCAGGGCUCCAAUUUAUCUACAUCCUCUCAAACACUUGCUAUUUACUGCUUUUUAAAAUUUAUUGCCCUUCCUGUGUGUGUGUGAGGUAUGGAGGCUCCUUUUGGAUUUGAAAUACAUUUUCUGAAUCACUGGUUAUGAGUAUCUGUUUCAUGUGCUUUUUGGGCAUUUGGGCAUUUUGGGCAUUUUGGCUCUUUGGGCAUUUUAUUUAGAUGUUUGGCAAUUUAAUUGUGUUUAAGUUGUAAUUUAGUUAUGUUUAGGAUACUAGAAGUUGACAAUUUAAAAUUCCUUGCUUAAACUUGUGCACACAGAAAUCAUCCAAGUUCCUGGGAAACCAGGGAUUAUGCUCCACCACCUAGAGACUAUGCAUACCGUGAUUAUGGUCAUUCUAGUUGGGAUGGACAUUCCUCUAGAGGAUAUAGGUAUUAUCAUGUUAUCUGGAUUUAUCAAAUAGAUUUCUUAAAUUGUUCAUUCUGAAAUUGAAAAGACUUUUUUUUUUCAAUUUAGUUACCAUGAUGGCUAUGGUGAGGCCCGUGGUAGAGAUCAUUCUGAACAUCUAAGUGGAAGUUCUUAUAGAGAUGCAUUUCAGAGCUAUGGUAACGGUCCAGGAUGGAUUUGUAAAUUACAGAAUUUUAUUUAAUAGACCAGAUUGUUAUUUUAAUGAAAUUCUAAGGAAAAUUGUAAAGGACAUAUGCAACAUGUUUAAAUAUUGAGUAUUCUUAACAGUAUAAAGCCUAGAGAAUGAUACGAAGGUGAGAACUUCAGUUAACGGUAAGAAAAUGUGACUGAGCAUUUACUUUAGAAUUAAGUUUGUUAAGCUGCAAAAUACUACUCUUACACUUCUCUUAAAUAAAACCUUCUGACUAUUGAAGACUUGAUUAAUAUCCUGUCAACAAAGGCGGAGGAAAGCAGAUAUUUCCAAAUAGUACUUUAACUAAUUCAUGCUUUAAUGAUAGCAGUAAAAAUGUUUAAAUGUAGUCCCACAUAUUAUUUUAUCAACCCUGCAGGGACCUCUCAUGGUGCACCACCUGCACGAGGGCCUCGGAUGUCUUAUGGUGGAAGCACCUGCCAUGCAUAUAGUAAUAAACGAGAUAGAUAUGGUAGAAGUCAGGAGAGUUACUCAAGGAGCUGUGGUGAUUUUUAUUAUUGUGAUCAUGAGCAUGUUUGCAGAAAAGACCAAAGGAAUCUGCCUUCUCUGGGUAGGGUGCUCCCUGAUCCUCGUGAAGCAUAUGGUAGCUCAAGUUAUGUGGCAUCUACACUAGAUGGUGGGGAAAGUCGAUCUGAAAAAGGAGACUGAGGCAUAUAUUAAAGCAAGUAUUGAAAAUAAUAGUUAUUGCAUACCAAACCUUGUUUGCAAAUCAAAAAUUGAAAUGUUAUUUCUGCAUCAUUACCUGCAUAUUACUAAAAGAAACAUAUUGGUUUUGUGGAGAAAGGUAGAUACUAACUUCCUCCAUGAAUUUUUUGAGGUAUUCAAAGGAAAAGGAAUUGUUUUCAAAGUAAUUUCAUACUUGUUGAUGCUAUUUGAAAAGUGUUUAGAUGUAAUAUCUACCUUAAAAUUCUCACAAUAAAAUUUUACAUGUACUG